AUGUGCUUUAUUUCGGGGUUGAUCUAUCUAUCUAUCUAUCUAUCUAUCUAUCUAUCUAUCUAUCUAUCUAUUACAAUGUGCUUUAUUUCGGGGUUGAUCUAUCUAUCUAUCUAUCUAUCUAUCUAUCUAUCUAUCUAUCUAUCUAUUCUUUGUCUUGCAAACAAGCAGAGACAUGCAGCCAGUUGCAUUCGAGCGGGACCAGAUUGUGGAUGGUGUGAGGAUAAGGUUUAUAAAAUGGAAAGUGCUCUCCAGUCCAGAUGUGACAUUGUUAGCAUUCUGAAGAAUAAAAACUGUCAGAAAAUCUCCCAUCCAAAACACAAGUUUAAAUUAAUUAAAGAUGAUAAGCUAAAGGCUGAUGAUAAUCUUGGUGCUGGAAUCCAACUUCGUCCACAGGAAGUCAAUAUAAAAUUAAGACCAAAAAGUCCAUAUACAUUCCAAAUAGAAUACCAGGAAGCCAAAGAUUAUCCAAUGGAUCUUUAUGUACUAAUGGAUCUUUCUUAUUCCAUGGGUCCAAGCAGGGAUACGUUAUCUAAUCUUGGACUUGAAUUAGCUGAGCAGUUAAAGAAAAUCACCAAAAAUUAUCUCAUUGGUUUUGGAUCAUUUGUUAUCACCUCUACUAAUCAAACCAUGUGUGAACAUUGUUCCGCAAGUUACAAUUAUCGACAUGCAAUGAAUCUUGCACGCAAUGGUACACAGUUCAAACACAUGGUGGCUGAAGCCAAAUUGUCUGGCAGUAAUGAGGAACCUGAAGCUGGAUUUGAUGCUCUUAUGCAAAGUAUUGUCUGUGAAGACAUUGGUUGGAGAAAGAAUUCCAGGAAAUUAGUCCUUUAUGUAGCUGGGGCAUCAUUUCACAAAGCUGGAGAAGGAAAGCUAUUAGGAAUUGUGAAACCGAACGAUGGUAAAUGUCAUUUAAAUAAGAGAGGAGAAUACAGUAAAAGUUUGGAUUUGGAUUAUCCAUCAAUUGGUCAAAUACAAUCAAAGAUUAAAGAUCGAAAGAUCCAUGUAAUAUUUGCAGUUAAUGAAAGUUAUCUGACAACCUAUGAGAAUCUUGCUGCUUUCUUUAUUGGAUCAUCUGCUACAGCGCUCAAAAACAACUCGGCCAAUAUCCUUCAAGUUAUUCAAUCAAAUUAUGAUGCAAUCUCUCAUAAAGUUGAACUCAAAACUGAACACAGUGAGAAUAUUACAGUAAAAUUUGAAAGUCAAUGUUAUGGAAAUGAUAUGACGGAAACAAAUGUUUGUGAUAAACUCAUCCCAAAUAAAAAGGUGGUUUUUAAUGUUACUAUUCAAAUUGAUGAAUGUCCCACGAAGGCUUCUAACUGGAAAAGAACCCUGGAUAUAUAUCCUGUCGGUCUGGAUAUGAAAGUUAGUGUCCACAUCGAUAUGAUCUGCGAAUGUGAGUGUAAAGAAGAUGCAGAUAUGUCCGUGAAAAGUUUAGCGUGUAACGACAAAGGUGUAUACGCCUGCGGUAUUUGUUUAUGUGACGAGGGUUAUGUUGGCAGAAAAUGUGAGUGUAGUAAAAUAGGAAGCAAUUCAACAACUGCCCUCGACAAACAAUGCAUGGAGCCAGGUACAACCGCGAUUUGCUCUGAUGUUGGUCAAUGCGAGUGUGGGGUCUGCAAAUGUGAUAAUAUCCAAUCGAAUCGAGACCGCUUUUAUUCCGGACAAUAUUGCCAGUGUAAUGAUUAUUCCUGUGACAUUAUUAAUGGUCAACUUUGCGGCGGUGAGAAUCAAGGUACAUGUGACUGUGGCAAAUGUGCUUGUAAAGAGGGAUAUGAAGGCAUUAAUUGUAACUGUCCGAUCAGUAAUGCAACUUGUAUUGCAUCAAACGGUGAGCUGUGUAAUAACAAAGGAACAUGCAAAUGUGGUGUCUGUAUUUGUAAUGUGCAACCUUACCGUGGGCCGAAAUGUGAAGAUUGCCCAACCUGUCCAGGAAUGUGUUCCAAAACGAAACAUUGUGUUCAAUGCAAAGUGUUUAAAAGAGGAAAUUACACACAAGACGACUGCAUCCACAAAUGUCCAUAUGAAAUUAAAAUUGUAGACAAACUCGGAGAAGGUUAUGACUGGAAGAAGUGCCAGUUUGUCGAUGAAGACAAGUGCACAUUUGUAUAUCAGUACAGGUAUUCAGGAAGCAAGGUUCUUAUUGAAGCAGAGAAAGAGACAACAUGUCCGCUCCCCAAUUACGUCCUCCCCGUUGCUGUAGUUGUCGGCAUUAUUCUCAUUGGUUUGAUCGCUUUAUUGAUUUAUAAAUGCGUCACUGAAAUCUACGAUAGGCGCGAAUAUGCUCGAUUUAUGAACUCCAAUAAGGAAGCCAGAUGGGACAGGCAUUCCAAUCCCCUGUACGUUGACCCACACUCAACAUACCAAAAUCCCUUGUACUCUGGCAAAGGAAAAAUUUCUUUCGUCCACUUAUUAUACCUACAUACUACAAGACGCAUACGUGGACAAUCGUUCUUUACUAUUAUAUCUAUCUAUCUAUCUAUCUAUCUAUCUAUCUAUCUAUCUAUCUAUCUAUCUAGUAAACAAAUAAAAUAUUCAAAUUUUAUCUUCCCAAUUCAAAGUUUUGCAGAUGUUUUUUGCUCACCAGAGGAAUGA